AUCAGUAGUGUGCUCGACUGCCGCACUGAACAAGACCAAAGGCAAACCCGGGAUAUGAAAUUAGUAUUUUUGACGGCGUUCAUCGCCGCCGUCGCGGCAAGUCCGGUGGUAGAGAACGCGAAAUGGCCGUGGCUGGUGGGACAGCAAUAUACCUAUGACGUACAGACCUUAGGAUGGACCAAAUUCGAAAACAGCAACAGCACUGGCAGUGGCUUCUCAGCCAAGCUGGUCAUCCGCGUCAAGGCCCCAGGUCAACUCGUGGCCAAGCUUCUGAACCCUUCAUACGGCCAAUUCAACCAGCCCUUCGAGCUUAACGAUGAUGUCCCUGAGUUUGAGGUUGAUGAACUCAACCAUCUAGACCAACCCAUCGAGAUCUUCGUCGACGGAGGCCGUGUUCUCUCCCUGAAAGUACCCUCAACACUUUCUGCUUACAACGAAAACUUAUACAAGGGUCUUAUCAGUGCCCUGCAAGUCGACUUGUCCACCACCGGCCAUGUCCACAAUUUCCCCAGCAGCUAUGACAAGGAAAGCUUCCAAGGUCUCUUUAAAAAGAUGGAAACCGACGUCACUGGUGAGUGUGAAACUUUAUACACUGUUUCACCUUACUCUGCUGAAGUGCGCCGUUUGUUGCCCGACUUUGCUGAAGAAGAGGACGUAGUCGAGGUUGCUAAGAGCAAGAACUAUGGUGCUUGCAACAGAGAACGUGGUGUUGCCUAUGGUUUGCCUGAGGGCGCUGUGUGGCAAGGAAUUGCUGAAGGUAACGAUGAGAAACAGUUGAUCGACCACUCUUCUCAAGGACGCAUUAUUGUUGGCAAGAAGGGAUCAAUCUACAAAGCUGAGGUUUUGAGCUCCGUGUUUGUCAACCCACUUCUGUUCGGAAAACAGAAAGCUGAAGUCUACAGUUAUGUCUCGCUCUCGCUGUCUUCUGUCGAGAAAGUAGACGACACUGAAUGGAAGAACGCUGCAGAACUACGUGAAGUAGAUUCCCUUCUGUACGUCGACAGCGACGCAUCUUUCCCCACUCUUGAAAACGCUGUUGUCAACGCUCAAAGAGUGCUCCAAGGUAUCACUCCUUUGCUCCAAGAUCCCAGCAACCUUUCAAAGAAUGAUUUCCUUACCAAGUUCAACACCCUCGUUCGUCUCAUCAUGUCUAUGGAGCCAAAACAACUGGCUAAAUUGACUAGCAGUGUUGAUGUUGCCAAGUCAUCAAACAAUGCCGCUAAGAGUAACAUGUGGAUUAUCUACCGUGAUGCAGUUGCACAAGCCGGCAGUAUUGCAGCGUUCAAAGAAAUCCAGAACUGGAUUCUUAGCAAAAAAAUUCAAGGCGAAGAAGCCGCUGAGGUUAUUGCUUCCGUAGCCAGCAGCCUUACCUUCCCCGUGAAAAGAAACGCGGAAGAAUUCGUCGAACUCGCUUUCAACCCUGUGGUUGUCGAACAAAAGUAUCUUAACACUACUGCUUUAUUGGCUGCCACUAAAUUCGUUCGUACGAGCAAACAAAACAUUGUUGCGGUUGAAAAGGUCAUCCCACGUCUCUCCGAGGAACUGAAAAAGGCCGUCGAAGCCGGCGACAGCCACAAAGCCCAAGUUUACAUCAGAAGUCUUGGUAACUUAGCUAUCCCUGAAAUUCUAGAGGUCUUCGCUCCUUACCUAGAUGGUACCAUUCCUACCAGCAAGUACCUCCGCAUCCAAAUUGUCAUCAGUCUUAAAACCUUAGCUAACUUGAAGGAUGACUUCGUACGCGCUGUGCUAUUCAGCCUGUUGAAGAACACCGCUGAACCUUACGAAGUCAGGGUAGCUGCUGCCCUCAACAUCUUCUUGUCUUUCCCCGACGUCGACAUGCUGCGUUUGAUGGCUAUCAUGACACAGUACGACCCUAGCACCCAAGUUCGUGGAGUACUUGCUACCAGCAUUGGUUUUGCCGCUAACCUGAAGGACCCACGUUUUGCUGAGCUCGCUAAGAACGCUCAAAGCGUAUUGAAGUUCGUCGCCAAAGAGAAAUAUGGAUACCGCUACUCAGGUGACAGUAUCAUUGAUGAGUACACCAACAACGAAGAAAUCGCCCACUUCAGGGAGCUGUCCUUUAUCGGCAGUGUUAACAAUGGCCUGCCCGUCUACCAAAGAAACGCCCUGAGAUUGAGAGGCACUGGACUGACCGAAGAAAACUGGUUCACCCUGUCCGUGUCCGAUGUACAACGUUUAUUCGACUUCAUUAAGGACUUCCUUUUCGUAAACAACCAACCGAAAACUGAACUGAAAUUCUCAGCCAAAGAGGUAGCUGAAAAACUGAACAUCAAACGUGAUUCCUUCAAACCUGUUGAAGCAGCUUACUUCCUUGACAACUUGAACCAGCAAAGGCUUUUCACAUUCUCCGAAUCGGAAUUCGCCGCUUUGUUCAAACAAUUUGAGUCUGUCGCCGCCAAACUGUUGACGGGUGUUGAGACACAGUUCACCAAGGUGAUCGUUGACAAGCAAGUAACAGUUGUUUUCCCCAUCGCUUCGGGUUUGCCUUUCGUCUUCACAUACAGUGAACCCAUUGUUUUCAACCUACAAGCUAAGGCUAGCUCAAAAUUGGCAUACAACUUGAAUGUUGACGUUAACUUUACCUACGCAAGAAACUUGGAUGGAAGUGCUGGAUUCUUCGAUUCGUUUACUGGAACAUUCGCCACAAGUGGUGUUGUCAACAAGCUGCAAUUCUACAUUCCUGCUAAGUUCAACGUCAAAGGAAAGUCUGGAGACAUUAAACUGGCAUUUGAACUUCCCGAAAAUGACGUUAACCUCUUCCAUUUGAGUGUGUCGCCCUACGUUUCAAGGCCACUUUUGCUUUCUCCAGUCUCAAUCUUCGAGGAUGAAGAUACCUACAUUGUUGAGCGCACUAAAAAUGUUGUGUCCGUUGACGCUCGUUUUGCCGAACUUGCUGGUGUUGGACUGUACCUGAACGGACACUCAUACUCAACUGAUUAUAAUAAAUUAUUUGAUGCUGAUAUUCUGACCAACGUGCGCGACUUACUGUACCAGAAAGAUAUCGCUUGCACCAAUUUCGACCUGAAAUAUGUAGCUAAGGACACCAAAAACAAGGAAGUUACUACAACAAUCUUCUAUGAAACUAAAUACAACCAGAAAGUGGCCGGUGAAUUAGGCGCAGCUGCCAUCAUCCCCAAUGACAUCGCUUUAAACAGUGACAAGCGUCGCCAGGAGCUGUCCAAGCGCGUCGCAUCAGGCAUUGAGGCCGCUAAAGUUCGUCUCCUUGAUGUUAGCACCGUGUUCGAUGGCCAAGCGAAAACAGAGUUCGUAUUCACUGGCGCAUGGGCCAACAGUGUAUCUGACAACAAAGUGCAAGCCGCUAUUUUCGCUAGUGGUUCGGAACAAGUAAAUGCCGUAUUCAAGUUAAUCAAGCCUAAGAUUGCCCCCCUGAAUUUUGAAGACGCCAUCAAUAACGAAAUCAAAGUUCAAUACGAAGCCGACUUCAAAUUUGGAACGUCUGACAACAUCAAACUUAAAGGUACCGGUGAAAGAAGCAACGAAUACACCCAAAGGUUGGUAAGAGAUCCCCUGGCUCAAGAAUGCGUGGAAGAUUUAACCACCAAAAAUAACUUCUACCAAAAGAGCUGCUACAAACUGAUCUUGAAGGCACACGCCCCCGAUCACUUCAAAGCCACUGUUUCAUACAAAGAGAUUAACCCUGCUUUAGUGCAGGCUACUGAUGCCCUGUACGAGGUCUACAAACAUUUCACCACUUGGAAUGAAGAAGAGGACUACACAAAGACUCUCAAGGAUGGUACCAUCGAACUUGAAGCUAAGGCAUACUACUACGACAACUACAUCGAUUAUAAAUUUAAUACUAAAUAUGGAGUUUUCGAAAUCAACCACGCUGAGGGUCGGUCUCACUACCCCUACACCAUGGCUAUCUACGCACCUACUACAAACUGGGAGCGUUCCUACAACUGGUUCACUGGCUACCAAACUAUGCCCUACUGUGUCGUGGACACCAGCGAGAUCCACACCUUCAGCGGCCGCAACUACGGCUACAGCCUCACCGGAUCCUGGCACGCAGUGAUGCUCGACGAGAUCAACCAGUUUAACAAACUCGUGAUCCUCGCCAGAAGACCCAAAGAAAACGAGGAGGAAAUCUACUUCUCUUACACAACCCCAUCUGGUAAAUACCUGGAAGCGUACAUCACACCUGAUGGUGUUGAGGUACAGACCGAUGCUUUAAAGCUGACAGAAGAUGACCAGGACCACACCAUUUACUGGGACAGCGCUUCUGAUUCUGUCCUCUUGGAGUACUACCCUGUUGCCAAAGGCAUUCAAGUAUUCACCAUCGACGGUGAAGCUAUUCGCAUUGUGUAUGACAACCAGAGGCUGGUGAUCUUCACUGCUGAACACCGCAGCACCACCAGGGGUAUCUGUGGCCAGAGCUCCUCUGAGGACCGUGACGACUACCUGACUCCCUACGGCCUGGUCGACGCUGACGGCCUUUACGGUGCGUCCUUCGCUUUGAGCACCGAGGAUAGUGAUCCUAAGACUGAGGAGCUGAAGAAGGACGCUAAGCUGAAGGCGUACCAGCCUGUCACCAAGUACACCAACAUCCUCCGCUCUGACGCCGAGUGGAGCAAGGUUGCCAACGAAUCCGUUAAGGAAUAAAUUAUUCGAGAAAUCGAUCACAAAAUGUAAUCUACCAACGUUUUUGUAAAUAGAUACUACAAAUAUAAUAUCUGCGUAACAGAUAGUGAGAUGCCAGAUACAUUAAUUUAUGCUAUGAGACUGGACUUGAUAAUAAAAAAGCAUCAUUAAUAAUUUA